AUGCUCAAAAAGGCUGUGUUGGGUAUCGUGUUGGCGGUGUUGGCGGUGAAACUGCUAAAGUUAUGGCCUUCCUCCUGCCUCUGCACAAUCCCCGGUCGUCUGGACGGCAGGGUGGUUCUCAUUACAGACGGGCCAUCCUUCCUGGGACCGGAGACAGCGGCCGAGUUCGCCAGACGCGGCGCCAAAGUCCUCAUUGCAGGCGCCAGUCGGGCGGGAUUUGAGUCAGUGCGAAACAGCAUUCUACAGGACUACGGUGUAGGGGGCCUGAAGGUCAAUGAGGACAUUGCUAGUGAGGAGCUGAGACAGUUCAUCAGGCCGGUGAAUGAAUCACAGGUUAGUUGGAGAUUCUUCUGGUCUGUGCGGUGUGUAUCGAUUAGGCGAACUGGCAGCACGGUGAGCAAGGUGCGCUAACUCAUGAAAUACUAACCGAAAUUCUAAAAUGCUUUUUAAUUUCAAAAUAACCACUUACGUAGGGUUGUAAAAUUAAUGAUCAUGCGGCAUAAAUCUAUAAUAAUUCAGUUACCUCGGGAUGCUGGCUUUUGGACGAACUUCUUUCCAACCGCAUGCAAAAACCACACUCUGCAACAAAUGACUACGUAAGUAACACGGAUUUUCCUCGUCGAUUUCCGAUAUCCUUGUAAAUCCAAAUAUACUUCAUGGAAAAUACGCAUAAAAUACCCAUUAUUUUAUUCACUUGGUAGAAAAUUACGUCAUUUUCCAAUUUUAUACUCGAAGGAAUGGUAGAAUUCGGUUUUUAAGAAGUUUCUAGUUAUGAGAUUUCUUACUAUCGCGAAAUGCCCGUUCAUAAAACACCGUGUCUCUGCAUUUACUAAUGUGGCUUGAAAAGUUUACAAUAUGUUUCGAAUUCACUGCCAAAUUUUAUGAACCCCAUAUAGUCUCCUCUUAAUAUCGUAAAGAAAUGAAUGGUUUCCCGUAUGAGGAAAAUUUACUGCUUGUAGUUCCAAAACCCUGAAUGCAAGUGAAACGACAGGUUGUGUUCCAAAUUAUUCGGGUAUUGGAAAAGCUUUUAAAAACCAAAUUAUCCCCUUUCUUCGUGCAUAAUAUUGGAAGAAGACGUCAUUUUCUACCAAAUGAGUAAAAUAGUGAAUAUUUGUAUGCAUGUUUUUUAUGAAGUAUAAUUGAAUGUUUAGGUACAUCGAAAAUCAAUGCGAAAAAUUCGUGCUACUUAAGUAGUCGUUUUUUACAGAGUGCGGUUUUUGCAUGCGGUCGGAAAGAAGUUCUUCCGAAAGCCAGCAUCCCGAGGUAACUGAGUUAUUAUAGAAUUAUGUUGCCUGAUGACUAGUUUUACAACCCUUUGUAAGUAUUCUUUUCGAAACGAAAACGCAUUUCAGUUAGCACGCCUACUGUCAUUCAGAUUUUUUUGCACUUCAUUUUUGUAAAAAAUAUCUGCUCACACCACAGUGAUCUUUUGGUGACGCAAGAGCCUUUCAAAAACAAGGAGUCGACACUUGACAAGAGUUUAUCUGUAACAUAUGACCACCGUUAACUUCAUUAAUUUGACCCAACUAAAAAAAACUCGGUGGCUUCGGUGGAAUCCGAAAUCUCAGUACAGCAAAGGCAAGGCUUGAGUACAGAUAACGGGCCAGCCACAAGAGGUACGAGGCUCCACCAGGAGAUGGGAGUUUAAGCACAUUUGGCAUGCAAAACGUUACAUUAUCAAGUUAAGUAGUUUAAACAGAGGGAUACGGUACGCUCAGUUGCCGUAUCAUAUCAGAAAUAACAAAACUAAUAAAGUACACCUGGCCUUAAUGUUCAUUUUGGCAAGUGAAACUACUGAGAGUUUUUCUGCCUCCUUCAUUGGCUUUCAACUUCCUGCCGUUCGGUAACUGGUGACGUAGAUAGGCAAAAAUAAGAGAAGCAUGUGGGGGUUCUCAGACAAACACCGAGCUGAAUAAUCGGGAGAGUUCACCACACAAUUCUUUCCAAAAUACCAGCUUCCAAUGGUAGAGGGGCGCUCACCGGUCAUUUUUACGGAAUUCACUCGUCCUGUUGUGUCCUGGGGCUGGCGGACGACGGCUGAUAGACCAGAAAUGGCCACUCCAGUCUCUUCUUGUCUUUGUCGGUAAUGCUAUACCAGCCUACACUUGAUGUACCCAACCCCGAAGUGCGGAACACCUGGCGCUCGAUCCCGCGACCUAUUGGUUAUAAAUCCAACGGUUCUAACCACUGAGCCACGGGCUUGUUGUCCUGUCGAUUGCGAUCGGGAAUGUACAACGGUAGAGAGGCGCUCAUCGGAACUCACUCGUCCCGUUGGCCUUGUAAGAGACAAACCCACUAGUUGGGCACAGCGAGUAGGCUAUCCAGGAAACGAAAAUAGCAGUAUCCCAACAGUUACAAACUAGUAAAUAAGAACAAAGUCGUCAGCAGGUGCACGUGCGUGUUCUUUGAAUUAUUCAAAGUUGUGUCAAAGCGUAUUGUAACUGAUUAAAACAAAACGGACUUAAAUGUCACUACAACCUUCUAGCCAACAGAUCGCUGGAGCGAGUUCCAGGUGUUCCACACUUCGGGUUUGGGUAUGACUGGCUGAUGAUGGCUAAUGAGCCAGAAGUGGCCAUUCCAGUCUCCCUUGUCUUUGUCGGUAACACCAUUCUGCCUAUAUCAUCCGCCGCCGUGCGGCUGCUGGUUAGGCUCGGGAGGGAGCCCGUAAGGCACAACUGAAGGAGUGAGUUCCGUAAGAUUGAUUGGUGAGCGUCCCUUACCAUUGUUUAUUCCCAAUCGAAACCGACAGGACAACGGGCCCGUGGCCCAGUGGUUAGAGGCAUGGACUUCUAACUAACAGGUCGCGUGUUCGAGCCUCGGGUGUUCCACACUUCGGGGUUGGGCCUAACUGGCUGACGACGGCUAAUAAGCCAAAAUGGCCAUUUCAGUCUCCCUUGUCUUUGUCGAUAAUGCUAUACCAGCCUACACUUGAUGUAUCACAAAAAGUAUCGGAUACUACUCGCACCCAGAUACCGAUGAUGUAAUGCAACCAGCAGCUUUAUCUUUCAAUGCAUGGUAAUACAGCACUCGAGUAAAUUUGAGCCAGUGGAGGAGGCUUGAGUAGGAAAGUUCGGAAUAAUUGCCGAAAAUGAAUGCUGGAAAGAGCUAACACCAAAUAAAUGUCAUUGCUUGCAACGAAACGGCUUUGAGUGGUCUGAGCGGUUUGGAGGUAAAAACACAGAAUUUUAUUUCUCCUCGGAAUUUGUCAGAAGUGGGGACGGCGGAUUUGACGAAGGCGUUUAAAACACGGCCUUUCAGGUUUAUGUUGAGUGUGUUUGCAAACAUUUUUAAAUGGCUCCUGUCGCCUGCCGCGACAUGUCCGUACGAUGGUCACAUCUGCUCUUUGAGAAUGCAAUAGUAUAGAAGUGAAACUGAAGGUAUCAUUGGUUGCCAACGGAACACAAGUGCAGUAAUAAAACAUUACAUAGCCGUUCAAACACGUCCUCUGCUGAUUUUCCGCAUCCAAAUGGAUAUACUUGGAGGAGCUCGAAUCAUCAGGUUUCUGGAAAAACAUUGAUUUUUAACACUAACAGUCGAAAUUUGCCCUAAAGGAUUCAAGGAAAUACGAUUAUCGUUUUUUUUCUAAUGCCCCUUUGGGCAGUACCGUUGGGGAGGAUUUUAGUACGGCAGCUUCCGCUCUUUUGCGUUUCCUCCCAGGUCGGACUGAAGGAAGACAGUGUUAGUGGACAAGGCUGACACAACUCCCAGCUACACUCUCGAUCCCUCCAUUAAGAUAUAUCAUCCAAAAUUAUUCAUUUCUAAAGGUCUUCAUUGUCGGCUGUGGGCGAUUAGUGAAAAAAGGAAGAGUUAAAUGCCUGUAAGGACUUAAAAUAUCAACUAAACCAAAGUAUUCAAAGGAGAUCGUUUGGCCUUAGCAACGAAACGACAGCUAAAUGUUUUUUAACUUCUUUUGAUCUGAAGAUAAAUGUCAGUGAGAAUCUUAAGGGUCAGGCGAACGGAGCUAAUGGUUCAGCAAUCUGUCCUGCCUUCUCACCCUCCAGACACCAUCACCACCACCACCACCACCCUAAUAACAAGGAUUAGGGUAGGCAUAGUCAUCAUCAGUCCUGUGCCACCAUCAACAUGAUCUUCUUCCCGUGUUCCAUCUUUUCCCUUGCGUCUGCCAUAAAGAAAUUUAAAACUUCUACUAAAUAAGCUGAGUACUUAAAAUCACGAAAAAUUAACAAGUGUUUCGAAGUGAUUUGGAAAGAAAAUAGUAGAGAACGAUAAGGGAAGACUGAUUGAGCCUCCAGGGCGGUGUCGGUAUUUUCCGGAUGCUUUAAACAUGCGUUUGUGUUUGUUGCAAUGAAGUUGAAAAUAGCCUAAAUCUUUCCACUUAUGUCGACGCUAGCAUGCGAGUCAUUAAUUCGUCACAAUGGGGCGCUGAAUAAUAAAGAUUAGGGAUCGGUUGCGCAAGGGGAGACGUCAACCUUAUUCUACAUCAUUGCCUGUGAUGAAUGCACGACCAUCUAUAUUGAUUAAACGGGCCGCAAGUUGACAUUACUAACACAGCGGCGCAGAGCUGCAGGAAAGCAUGGUGAUCAACUAGCACAAAUUGCUUCACACGUGACGGAGUCUGAUCACCGACUUGGCAGCGUUUUCACCCAAAUAAUUGUCUGGGGCAGCGUAAAACUGCCUCCGAACUGAAGGACUCCCAGUACUUUUUUGGCAAAUAACGGAUCGUCGGGCCAAACUCACAUCCGCGUACUAGACGCUGUAUUGUUUUCUUCAAAGAAAACGGGCCCAAUCUUGGAAAUAAACUAGAUGGCAGUCUUGGCAUACUUACCAGAUUUUUUAUUUUUCCUUCACUUUUAAUGACGAGCCAGAGCAUGGGCUUGUAUCCAUAGGAAUAUACGCGUUUGCGUUAGUGACGACUGUUUCAUCUCUUCCUCCUUCUUCUGAAGUAUGAUUUGGUUAUUUAUUCGCACCAGAAUUGCGACUGCAAAGGCGCAUUAGUAGGGAACAUAAUCUCGAGUAAAUCUGUACAAGCCAACAUUACUGACUUAAGUUUAGAAGGCGCUUCUGUCAUCCGUAGAAAUCACAUUUGCAAAAUAAUACUCCCGUCAGUAGUGUGACUCUUUUCCGUUCAUUUAUGGUGUUUUUGGUAGUUUGAGUGCGUUACUGUGAUGACUUGUAAGUGAGUUUCGUUUUUAAUAUGUUCGUUUGCGUUCAAUUACGUUUUAUCCAGACUGUACCCCUACAUGAGAGAAUACUUCUGAUUAAGAUGGUUUUUGCUUCCUAGAAAUAGGGAGGCGUCCGCGAAACUAUCCGUGUAACGUAUUCGCACGUUGAUUAGCUCUGCGCGCAAGGCAUUCAAUGCGAUCCGAAUUUAUUAUAGUCGGAAGUCUGCUUACACGGACAUGAGAAAUUGUGUGUAUUUUCUCGAGUGCAAACCUGCGACACCGAAAUCUUCGGAAGAGCUUGGCCGUAAAACUCUCAAAACCGCAAUUUCCUUCUCAACAGACAAAAAAAUCUGGAGGAGACGUAACCUUCAAUGAUAGGAGUAUAAGCAGGGAGAGUUGUUGAAGGUUCUCCGUGAACUAUGAUUUCAUUUACGAAAUCGUUAAAAAGUGACUGAAUAACUGCAAGCUGCAUAAGUUGAGCUAAAUAUCCAGCUCCUUUGUAUGGUUGAAUGAUACACAAGUAGGGGGCAAUGUCCAUUCACGAAUGAACAUUAAACUCUAUUCAUGCUAAAUUGUUUGGACUCCAUUCAGGCAGUCGCUCCUGUCUAAAAGUAUGCUUAAAAUAUCAGUCAGUUUUUAUGUUUCUUGCUCAUACUGCUUAUUAUUUCACCCGAAAUGAGCAGAAGAUAAUUCUGAUUUUGGUACUUUUAUGUCGAAAAUCGAUCGCUGACUUGGGGCAAAUCUGUCGAAAUUAAGCUUCAAUGACCCAGUCCGAAAGUCUAUGAAUAUUUGUGCCGAAAUCCAUCAGAUGCAGUCGGAUAUACGCGUAAUACUCAUAAAUGGCCAACAAAUAGCUAGUACUUGACAUACAGUAGGCGGGCUAACUCAUGAAAUGUCAACCGCUAUUCUGAAAUGCGUUUUCGUUUCAAAAAGAUAAAUUAAGUAGAGUUGGAGAACUUAUCAACAAACAGCAUAAUUCUGCAAUAAUUCACUUACCCCGGGAUGUCGGUUUUUGAACGAACUUCUUUCUGGCAGCAUGCAAAACCUAUACUCUGUAAAAAGUGGCCAAUUAAAUACGUGCAUUUCUCUCAUUGAUUUUCGAUGCCCUUAAAAAUUCAACUAUAUUUCAUGGAAAACGUGCAUAACAUUAUUCAUUCUCUUACUCAUUCAGUAGGAAAUGAUGCCUUUUUCCAAUUUUAUACUCGAAAGAAGGGCGUUAUUCGGUUUUCAAAAGUUUCUAUUUUUGAGAUUUUCUAAUACCAUGAAAUGGCCGUUUAUAAAGCGUCAUGCCUCUUCAUUUACCAUUGUGGCUCGAAAAGUUAACAACAUUGUUCAAAUCCACUGCUGGAUUUUAUGAAUCCCAUAUGGUGUCCAUUUACUACCGUAAAGAAACUUAUGGUUUCCCGUACGCGGAAAAUAUACGGCUUGUAGUUUGGAAAUCCUGAAUGCAAGUGUAAUGACAGUGCGGGUUCCAAAUUAUUCUGGAAUUGGGAAGGUUUUUCUAAACCAAAUUAUACCAGUCCUUCAAGUAUAAGAUUGGAAUAAGACGUAAUUUUCUACCGAAUGAGCAAAAGAAUGAAUAUUUUUUGAACGUCUUCCGUGAAAUGUAGUUUAAUUUCAAAGGGCAUCGAAAAUCAAUGAGAAAAAUUCAUGUUAAAUAAGUAGUCAUUCUUUACAGAGUGUAGUUUUGGUAUGCAGCCGGAAGGAAGAUCAUUCGAAAGCUUACUGAGUUAACUGAAAUAUUAUAGAAGUAUGUUGCAGGUUGACCAGUCUUACAACCGUACUUAAUUAAUCUUUUCGAAACGAAAACGCAUUUCGAAAUUUCGGUUGACAUCUAAUGAGUUAGCCCAUGUACUGUUGUUACAAACCUUCGGCGAAAAUUCCAAAUUUUCCAAAAAGACGCAACGUAUUUUCCUGAAAGACCGUCUCAAGUCAAUAACACCGAUUUAAAAGAAGGUCGGGCGUUAAAAAAGGGAGGCGACCAGAGUCAGCAGGAUGCGUGGCCGCUGCUCUGUAUAUGCGCUACACAGCAGCAAGAAUGGAAUACGACAUACUAAGAGUCCCGACUUAAGAACUUGGCAACUGAGGAGAUUAGAGAUUAGAGUCAUCAGCACAAAACCUGAUAAUGUUUUGAGGACCAUGUCAUAUGUAGCACUCAUAGACGGCCGUUGGGUAUUGCUAGUCACGGCGCUCACGCCCACCCCCGGCCGUAUUCUUAUCAAGCCCAGGCAAGUGAAGGAGGAGGGAGUGCAAUGGAUGCGGCGAAAGUCGCCGGUGAUGCACCUACUCUGUUGGGAACGCGGUGGACGUCGUCACUUGCGACUGCUAAAACUCCAGAAAUUUCCCUCCCCCCUAAUUCGGUUCAUGACUGUCUGUAGACUGCAGAUUUGCCACAGAUUUGCCACUGCAGUCGGCAUAAUAGCAUUCGCCUAUCUUUCCACUUAAUGCCAAACUCCAGUUGAGACUCGAGGUUCCGACAAACGAUGGAAAGACUAGCAUCUGUGCUCUUAAUUCCUCCAGUGACCAGAUGCAUGGCAGCAGGCUGUUGGGAUAGUAACUGAACUAGCUGUCGCUUCCAAUUGUACUUCCAGAAGAAUUUAGAGCAUCCCGGCAAGCCUUAAACAGGGCAUGUUAAUUUUCUGACAAAGACGGGGAAGCAAAGUUGAGAUCGGCCCGUCUAUAUAGGUAGUUGCUUUUUUUCGUCUAAAACCAGGCCUAAGUAACUUGUCAAGGUUUGUUCUUGCAGCCCCACCUGAGUGAUACCAUAUGGUAAGAUUUCUGAGAAAUUUCAGUGGAUGUGAAUACGCUGACUUUACAGAUGUCACGUAUUCGCAUUUUCCUUACCAUUUAAAUCCAGCUAGUAACUGUGCCACGGGGGGACGAGUGCUCAUACACCAGCCUUGGUUACUUAGAGAGAGAGAGGACAGCUUUAUUUUGAAAAUGACUUUCAAAACUUUCAGCAAAAACGGUUCUUCAGUACACAGUGAUUACCAUAGAGAUUAACAGGUUUUGGACAGGUGGACAUGAUUAUAUAUGAAUAAAAAAGGACUUUAAGGUGCAAGAUCGAGUUUUAGUUUUUGUUUUUCAACAUCUUUGCAGGUGAGAUACCGGGCUAGAAAUGGCAGUAUGGAAUUCCGAUGGGCCGAAGUGCGGCAAGGGAUGUGGCGGAAGCAUCGACGCAUGGGGCGUAAGGAUUUCGCAGCAAUUAACUCAUUAUGAAGGGGAUGGACGGCGUCAUUCAGAAUUCGGUCAGCGAAUUGCUCCACCGAGUUGAAGUGUCGCUGCACGAUGAUAUCAACUAAAAUAUGAUAGGAAACACCAGCAGCAGAGGCGAGCAUUCGAAUGACACGUUUAAAAAUAAUUAAAUCUUUUUUAAGUAAAGCUGGAAAAAUAACUGAAGAACAAUAAAGAAUGGGUGGAAGAAUACAGCCAUCUAUGAAUCGCCAGAUUAAGGACUGGGGUGUGUGAUAUGAACGUAGACUUCAGGUAUUAGUUCACACAUGCGCCCCUCUGCGUGAUUCGAGCCCUGCUUGCGCCCUCUUCAUUAUCCUAAUCCAGCGUGUGGCCAAGUAGACUUGCUAAUAGAAUUGUUCGGACGGUGUGGAAUUCUGCCGGAUCCCCUAUAGUGGCUGUGCACUGCGCACCAAGUACCCUCUUAAUCCAGUGAGUGGCUGUUUCGGGGGAGAGUAUGUACGCGCCACCUUCACUCGUUUCCCUACGCGUGCUUUGAGGUCUGCUUGCGCUUUCUCUCCCUUCCUAGUCCAGCGAGUGACUAAGUUGGAUAUGCUAACUAAUAUUGUUUUAGUAAGCUAACCUUAUGGUAUAAAUCAAGUGAGGCGGCAAAACCAAACCUCGCCGCUAACUUUUCUCGAAACGAGGAAACGAAUGUGCUUUUAUUUCACCGGAGACUUACCAAAUACGCGGCCUUUAAAAACCUGCCCCAAGACGUGCAAAUACCAGGCUAACGACGGUGUGAUCCCUAGAAGAUAAAGUUGAUGGUAACUCAGUAAAAGCUGAAAAGGGUGCUCAGAGGCUACUGACAAGACCUUUGAGUAGUGCGAGCUCAGUUUGUCGAAAAGUUCGUGUAUAAGAGCCGAUAUCCCUCUGUCAGAUAAACUCAACCAGCCGAGGUAAGAAAUAACUCCACAGACACGAAGUUUCAGGUGUUCUGAGUAACGCAUUCACUUUUGUCCAUAACAUUACUCUUCAACGAUGUCGACGCACUUAAUUUACUGAGAUUUAUCCUGCGAAGUUAUAGGAAAUUUUAAGCUGCCCCAGAAAGCGAGGACAAAAUUCAAAACUCGCGACUGCUUUUUGCUAAGCUCAAAUUUGUCAAAGAGGUAGCGGUGGAAACCCAACGUAUGCGCGAGACGUUCGCUCAGAACAUUUGACACCAGAGACAGGUGCAAUCAUAGUUUCAGUACAGUUGAUCAGGUAGCAAUCAUUCCCCGGUUAUGGUGAAUAUCAGACAAAGUGGAUGCCAACUUAGAUGCCAAAGGUAUCACUGAAGGGCAGAGUCUUGAAUGAGUCAGCUGUUGUAUAAGGCAAACUGGCUGUAUUUGAAAUUGCCGAGACAUCUUCUUUCUCCUACUCCUUUCACAUCUUCUUCCUUUUCUUUCUUCCCUCCUUCCUUCCUUCCUUCCAUCCAUCCCUCCUCCUCCUCCUCCUCCUCCGUUUUCUUCAUAUUUUUUCCUCUUCCUUCCUUCCUUCCUUCCUUUCUUCUUCUUCUUCUUCUUCUUCUUCUUCUUCUUUUUCUUCUUCCUACCUCAUCCUCUUUUUUUUCUUUCUUGCAUUCCUCCCUCCCUUUUCUCCUUUACGCAGAACGAACGCAGACAUUUCGAGGCAUAAAAUCCUCAAUAAAGACGACAGGGAAUAACUUGACGUCUUUCCAUGAAGCCGCAAAGAUCGUGGCGCCAUAAAAUACCGAGGCGAUCUCCUCUGCUGCCGUCACACAUCGCUGUCUCCGAGUUCAAGAGUGAUUCCUUAACACUGGAAGAAGAUUCUUGUUUGGGCAACCGAGUUUCCCUCAUCUCUAGUUGUGGAUGAUUGAGAGAUGCCGUUUGGUUUUUGAUUCUUCCCUGUUUGUAUAUAACCAAUAAGACCUGUAUUUUGCGAACUUUCGAAUUUAACCAUGGUUUAACGAAAUUUCUGAGCCUAUGAAAGUUCGGCUAUCGAGUCAAAGACGUUCAUCAUUUCCUCAUGAGGUGGAUGCAGCUGCGACUUGGACGGACAUUUGUCGGUAAUGAGACCUACUUGUGACAUAUCUACCUCGACAUCUCUUGCUAAACCUGCCGCAUUUUUAUAACAAAACAAAAAUCAAGAAGGUUAAAGGCCGGCGUGGACGCAAUGGUUGACAAGUCUAAAAAAUUCUUCUACGCGUCUCACACACGACCUGGUCCGAACUUCAACCUUGCCAAACUUUGUUCAGGGAUGCCCUGGAUCCCGCGAAUGACGGAGUGUCAUAAAGGUCACUUCGAGGAGGAGCCAUUGAAGCCUGAUUCUCAGUCGUAAGGAGAACCGAGUUAUUCCGUCAGUUGGUGUGCGCGCUGUAAUAGUUGCAAAAUGCAUUUGGCUGUUCGAAGUGGGGAAAUAGGCGUGGACAUGAGUUGGAUCGACCUUACUCUAACUUCCCUCUCCAAUACACCAGUGAGUAAAAUUGGUGACAAACGCAUGUCACGCACGGGAGAUGUACGAAGCGAACUAGCAGAUGUUAUACCGCUGCCUUAGGAGCCGGUGAUAUAUGAUGUGUGCUGUAUCUUAAUGCAUCAAGCUCUUGUACAGAAUUAACCAAUCAUUGCUUACUAUUUUAAUAGCCAUUUCAAGUAAAACUAAGUCAGCGUUUUGAAAGCAGUCGGAUUGUCUGACUUUCCUAUAAAAUAUUUUAUAAUGUAUAUAUUAAUAUGAGACCUCCUGCAUGAUUCUUAACGACAAAUACUUUUGAAAGUUCGAAGACUUGAACAGGUAAACGCGAACAGAGCCCAGCUCGGUCUAAUUCCACUUCUUCGGCUGCGAUCUUGCAUCUAGUUCCAUUUAGUCUUCCUUCAUCAGUGCCGGCUGGGGAUUUAAUUUUUCGCCGCUCUUCCUUCAUUUUUCUCAGUCUCAUUAAGGAGAAGGUAUGACUGAUUCAAGUUUUCCAGGCAGCUACAUACUGCCAACCUCUCAACAGCUCAAGCGCUUGUAUUUCGCCCGCUACUUCUUGUAGAAAUUAUAACUUGCUACUUUAACCGGUUAGAGAGGUAUGUUAGCGGUUGUAAAUUUCCUGUGUCGUACUAUUUUUGCCAACAUUUCCGCGCAAUCAGUCAGCAUGGUAGAUGGGCGCUCACCGAUCUUUUCUACGGGACUCGCUCGUCCGGCUGUGCCUUACGGGAUCUCUCUUGAGCCCAACCAGCAGCCGCACAGCGGCGCAUGAUAUAUAGGCAGAAUGAUAUUACAGACAAAGACAAGGGGGACUGAAGUGGUCAUUUCUGGCUUAUUAGCCGUCGUCAUCCAGCCAUGCCUCUGCCGUUGUAUAUUCCCGAUCGCAACCGACAGGACAACGAGCCCGUCGCUCGUGGUUAGAGGCGUGGACUUCUAACUAACAUGUUUCGGGAUCGAGCCUCAGGUGUUUUACACUUCGGGGCUGAUUGUGGCUGUCGGACGACGACUAAUAAGCCAGAAAUGGUCAUUCCAGUCUCCCCUUGUAUUUGUCGGCAAUACCAUUCUGCCUAAAUCAGCCAACAUUUCUGAAUUGCGGAUGACCGCGGCUAACACAAGGAAGAUAAGAAAUUGAGCUACGAUUGAAUGAAAUUAAGGCAGAAAAUCUACGUUCUGGUUCGGCAUGGCUGCCUGAUGACGGUUACCUGUCCGGAAGUGACCACUGCAGUCUCCCCUGUAUUUACCGCUCCUUCUCUUCCCGCAUCAUUCCUGAUGCUUACGUGACUGCCAUCGAGGCCUUCCGAUGUUCCCCCGCGGGAACUACACUACCUUCCCUAAGCAGAGAAAUCUUUAUGGUCAACGACCACCUAUUUCUAAUUAUUAAAGCAAUAAAAAAAAACAAAUCUAUCCUCAUUAGCUUCCUUUUUGUAGUUCGUGUUCCUAGAGGCGCACCUCAAUUCUCUCGCGUCGGUAGUGCAGCUGGCCAAGGAUGUUGCCAAGGUCACCGAUCGACUGGACUUCCUGAUCAACAAUGCUGUCGUUAACCACGGUCCCUACAGACUCACUAUGGACAAACUUGAGAUGACAAUGGCCAUCGGUCAUCUGGCGCACUACCUCCUCACGGAUCGGCUCUUCCCCCUGAUGGCAAAAUCGAAGCCCCGCGCCAGAGUGAUCAUCAUCUCCUCGGCCGAGCACUACUCCGGAUCUGUGAGUUAUACGUUUUGCUUGCUUGCUUGCCUGCCACCCACGUCAUGACAGGAGGUCUCGGUGGCACACUGCACGGUCGACUCGCACUCACCCAAAAAGGUUGUGAGUUGUCAUGCCGACGUGAUGCGAUGUGGCGCGAACUGAUCACUGCUAAGUGAGCUUCAGAUAGGCAGCCAUCGAGACAGGCGAAGAUUAGCGGGGAAACCGAAACCUUUGGAAUGAAACGCGAGAAAAGUCUGGUGUGUGGAGACACGCAAACAGAUGCCUUAAGUGAAAAGCUGUGCCUGCCACCCCGUGGGAGACGGCAAUCUCCUAGGUUUGAAGUGCGAAAUAAGUCCUUUUCUUGAUGAACACACGCGGUGAGUUGAGAUCGGCCUGUUUUACGAGACAGUACUAGAAGUUUCUUUAUCGCAAAUGCGCUUGUCUUUUCGGGGCCUGCAUCAUUCUCUCUCUCUCGGUGUUUUGGUGAAAAGGUAGGAAGAACUGAAAAGUUGGUCGGGCCAGCUGCUUUUGGCGAAGAAACAUGAGUAAAAUUCAGCUUACCAAAUUCACCGUAAGCCUUACGAAACGCGCAGAAUCUGAAAUAUUUGCUACAGACUGGAAAAUAUAUAUGCAACCUGUCAAAGGUAAUUUCAAAACAAACAACUUCUUUCGCAAACCAGAAUGGUCUCAUCCUCUCUCCGGUUACUAAGGUCCAAUAUAACGCUCAAAAUUAUUCAUAGAUAUUUUGGCAUAUUUUUAAUAAUUCAUACUGACCCAACUGUGAAAAACUCGACGCCUCGGUGGGAUUCGAACCCACGCAGUAAGGGGAAUGCUUUAAUACAGCCAAUGCUCUAACCACUUGAGCUACGAGGCCACGCCGGACGAGGCGAGUUUAAUCAUAUUUGGGUUAAGUUACACGCCCAACCUACUGCAGCGUCUAGAAUCCACCAAAUCUAAUACAGUAAAUUGACUGCUCAAGCAGGAUUUCCCAAGUAAUUCACCUAGAAUCCAUCAGAUGACUACCAGGCUCACGCAAUUCAUAGACAUUUGACAGAUUUUGGAUAAUUCAUAUUGACCCAACUGUGAAAAACUCCACGCCUCAGUGGGAUUCGAACCAACGCGUCGUCCGGCGGGGCCUUGUAGCUCAAGUUGUUAGAGCCUUGGCUGUACUAAAGCUUUCCCCUUACUGCCUGGGUUCGAAUCCCACCGAGGCGCCGAGUUUUUCACAGUUGGGUCAAUAUGAAUUGCUCAAAAUUAUACUUUUGUGGUCCAUGACAGCAGUUUUAAGAGACUAGAGAAAUCAUAAAUCUGCAAAACAGUAGGAACAUAUUGAAUCGGUAACCAUCCAAGUGAAAAUGAAUGACACCGAGACCGGGAAUUUUCAGGGCGCUUGGCGUCCAGAUUUAAAAUGAAAUUAUUAAAUUGGUCUUGGAAUGGAGGUGUUGAACCAAAUUCACACCUUUGCACUCUCGAAAAAUUCCGAAAUACCUUCCUUCCUUCAAAUACAGAGCAUAAAAAGGUAUCCAAAUCUUUUCAGGGUACCAGGAUAUGGUGGUGCUUAAUUCCUAACAAGCCUGAUUGCAGUCAUGAGACCAUCGUAGGUCAGCGAAUGAAAAACACGGUCAGAGUAGGUACCUUUUUCGCAACUGUCAUCGAUACGUCCUGCCGUGUGUCAAUUAGCCAAAAAUUACGUACCAGGUUAAGCCCUUUUUGCAUUCACGCAGGUUUUACCUCAUUUACUGACCCGCUAAUCUUAAAUUAACAUGACACUUUCCAUCAGGAGAGUUGGCGGUCUCCUGCUCAGAUGGUUCUACAGUAGUUGAUUGUCCAUGACUCACGAGUAGCGGCAGAUUUAGCAGACCCGCAUGCGUGGAACGUCAGAUAUGACAAUUUAAACAUAUUGAUGUAGUUCAUAAAUGUUUUCGCGGUAAGAAUCGGGAGAUGGCACCCGAAAAAUUCCGUCACCUAGAAAUAAUACCUUUAACAGUGGACUCAAACGCCUUCAGGUUCCAUCAGCAGUUGAAGGCCUACUUUCACGCACUACUUGGACUUUCGCCGACGGCCUAACAUGGGCUGGCUGAACGAAAAUCACAGGAGGCUACAUGGACGAUGGUCGCUGUUACCCAACUUUCCCCAUCGUUACAUACGUACACCUGAAUAUACGGCAUACAUUCGCAUUACGGCAGUUUAUUACAAAACAAAAUCACUUUUAAAUAGGAUAAGUCUGCACAACAUGGGACAGGAACAGUUCCCAGGCAUCUGUCAUGGACAUGGCACUGAGGCCAAACCAAAGACGAUAUUGUAUUUCGUGUAUGUGAGUCCACACAGCUCGACCACAUACUGGGCCUCCCUUGUGGAGUUUCCUUUUCAGUCUACUCCAGAAUGCCUCAAUGUCAUUGGUGUGCCGUUCGGUGGUAGGGUCCUUGAAGUUCUUUGAGUGGUUAACAGAGGAAUGUAGAUAACCUUCUGAGGGAAGACGAUGAUACGCCUUCCACUGGUCCGUUACCACUAUACUGCCUUUGGCGGCCCAUUUUGUAAUAAGGGAACGGAGAGCGGGCCAACUUCGAUCAUUCACCUGUUCAGAUAAGGCUUUCCGUCGGCUAGUAUCGUACAUACCGACCAGCCACCGCCCAUAAAACCUCUUUUACCACCCCUCCCGUAAAACAGGCUGCUUUGGUUAGGCGGAUUUUUUGGGUGCCAUCUCCCGAUUGUUACCGUUUUCGCAGAUUUCGAGUAAUUCAUGCUGACCCAACUGUGAAAAACUCGGCGCCUCGGUGAGAUUCGACCCCACGACAGCAAGGGGAAGGCUUGAGUACAGCCAACGCUCCAGCCAUUUGAGCUACAAGGCCCCACCGGAAGACGUGAGUUUAAUCACAUUUGGGUCAAGUUACCCGCCCAGCCUACUGCAACGUCUGGAAUCCACCAAAUCUGAUACAGUUAGCUGACUGCCCUAGCGGGAUUUCCUAAAUAAUCCACAUAGAAUCCACCAGAUGGCUACCAGGCUCACUUAAUUCCUAUAUGUUUUUGCAGUUUAUGAAUAAUUCAUAGUCGGGUCAGUAUGAAUAUGUAUGUAAGUUAACCUGUUUCUUCCACGCACCGACCGCUGGCUGAACAGACGGAAGUGGUCGACAUUCCAAUUAACUUUGCUGAUGAAUAUCAUCGAAGGGGUCGAACAGUUUUUACUGAUGGAUGCGAGGUGUCUGUUCUCAUAAACCUCUGUUUCCGGCAAAAAUAACCACGGAGGCUUACAAGUACCCAUGCUCCCUCACCCCUUCUCCACCCUCCCCCCCCCGAAUGGUGCUUACUUCUAUGAGCCAAAGAUGCGCCAGUGAGGCCUUAUCAACUGCUGCGUGUUGGCGCAUGAGACCCGUAGAUGGAGCCAUUCAUGCCAUGCUAGGCCUUGCGCCCUACCAGCCGACAUAAAUGCUGGGGCAGUCAACUGGUCUGUGGGAGAGGGAGGAGAGGAGGCCUAGGUAUGGAGAAUAGCUGAUCUAUCGCAUGAAAUGUCAACCAAAAUUCUGAAAUUUGUUUUGUACUAGAAAGGAUGGCGAACAUUGGAUACGUAGGUCUGCUGAGAAAGCAGACCACAAGGACUCCUCCAAAACGAGAAGGAUGUUAUUAUUAGUUUUACCACCAGAGCAAAUGGACUCAGCAAUUAACGGAAUCUUCGGAGGACACUGUGGGGACUCGCAUUUCCCCAACUAGGUGCCGGGAAGACCGCGCAAUUUGGAAGAUGCGAAUUGGGAGCGUGUAAACGGGUGGAAUACAGGUACUCCAGGGUUAAUGAUUAAAGGAGAUCGAUUUGGUUAAGAUGGUUUGCUGCAGGCAAACUUGCCCCCUAUCUUAACCCUCAACCCCAGCACCAAUCCCUUCUCUAUCGCUAACUCUGAACCUAAUCGUAACCUUGACCUGAGGUUGAUCAUUUUCUUGUGUUCGGACAAAAAAAUAACUCUAACACAAUAUGCCUACCUAAACUAAGUAAGCAGACAUGUUACAGUAAUAAAACUAAGAUCUGCAUAUCGGUCGUUGACGAAAGGAUAACUAAGAUAGUGCUGUAGCAUUGGUUACCUUGCAGCGUAGCGCAAAGGGAUUCUAGUCAACCCAGAGCGCCGACUUUUGAAUAAGCGUCUUUCCGGCUGCAGCAAAAACCACAAUUGGUUAAAAAUAAUCAUUUAAUUGGUAUAAACUUUUCCCAUCGAUUUUCGAUGCCCUUAUAAACUCAGUAUACUUCAAGUAAAACAUGCACAAAAUUAUUCUUCCUUGUACUCGUCUCGUGGCAAAUUACGCCUUUUUCAAAUUGCACACUUGAAGAAAGGUUAUCGCUCUGCUCGAAAGUCUCUAUAAUGGGAUUUCUUAAGGUCCAUUCUAUCGUACACCCAGGUAUGCAGGUAGUGUUUACUCUUUAGCAGACGAGGACAUUACAGGGGAACAGCGGAAGGUUAGAAGGAGAGUGUGUGAAUCAAAAACGAGCAGAUCAGUGGUAUAAAAGAAGAAAAUGGGAGUACACAUCGAGUCUACUAUAAAAGACUUCUACGCUUACUUAAAACUGUUUUAACGCUUACAGACCAGGAAAGAUGAAGUGACAGAUAGUUAACUUAAUUUCAGUCAGUCAGUAUCAGUCAGUAUAUUUGGAGUAAACGACAGAAGCCCUGAAAACUCCAUUUAGAGGGUACAGAUAUAAGCCUUCUGUUUGGAAAGGUUUGCGCUUAGGGCAUUGUGGUGAUGGUGGCUGUGCUCUGCGGUUUAAAUUUGUAGUCGGGUAUACUGGUUCACUGCAAUCAAUAACAAUCUGGAUACGUUAAACUCCUAUAGAUGCCCACAUGGGGUGCUUAAAAAUGAAACCUGCAACAAAAGUCCCCCGUGGGGACUUAAGUCGUGCAAAGGCAAUCCAACUUCUCCUAGAAUUAAUUAUUUCUUAUUUUUAUUAAGUUCGCUGACGGCUCGCUCUUCGUUGAGCAUCAUGAAUUCAACACCAUAAAGGCCUUCAGCAAACUGAAACUGGCCAAUGUCCUGCAUGGUGUGAUGCUCGCCAAAAAGUCAAAGGGAACAACUGUGCUUCCAGUGAGCCUACAUCCUGGAUAUGUCCUGCCACAAAUAGGGGUAAGAUAAAAUUAUCUCCAUUGGAUGAGCCAUAUCCGUUUUUAUUGUGUCUUUUUGCGAAUUUUCCUUUCUGUAUCUAUCUAACAGUGGUCGGUUUGGUGGGUCACGUUCGUGUGAAAUGGAAUAUAAUUCCAAAAGAAGAUGGUAUAAGGGUGUUAUGGCUCAAGAGAGGAAAGUUUAUCUCUCUACUAAGGUUUUACCUCUUGUUUAAGUCCGUGGUCUACCUGGACUUAAACCACAGUAUUGAUAUCCUAGACUUACUAGCCAUUUCCCUACUGGUAAUCUGGGAGCGAAAAUAACUGAGCCGGUCAGAUAGUACAAUGGAACAGAGGCAUUUAAUCUUAUACCAGAGCGGGUUGGAACAUCUCGCAGAUAACCCCGUAAUGAAGACCCAUCUAAGGGUUUACCAAUGAGAAUAAGAAAAACCGGUAUAGUUUGCUUUUACGUUGUUAACCAGUUACUCCCAAGCUGCUGAUAUUGCGAAGCAGGGCCUAGCAGCAGGUUAAAUCACUAGACAAGAAACUCCCAACCCAAAUGAGCCGAGUUUAAAGCACCAGGUCUUUUCAGACCGAGUAUUAUUGAUUGACGAUCAUAAAUAAAGUGAGAAGCGUUAGUCUAGACGUGCUUGCAAGUGCGUUUAGGUUACCGACGUUUUGACAGACUGUCCUGCGUGGCGUAAGCGGAUUGCAGAGCGCGUACGCCAGCGAACUAGAAAUGACGAACGCGUGUGUACGGCAAUUUCAGUCCUCUAACCACGUCCAUUGUCCAAAGUACCGCGGCUCUUAGUUGUGUCUCCACUAUGAACAUCCCAUUAUACGCAAUGCACUGUUGAUUAAAAGAUGCUACAGAGCGCUAUGGGUCUAAUUUUCGGUGCAAAGCCCCAAACAGUUUGAUUAACCCAGGACUAAACAGAGUUAUCUUUCGUUAUAGGCUCCACUAGAUGCUGGUUACAUGACUUAGUUUGCGAUAAGUAUGGAUAAUCGAUCUGUAUAAAGGCCUUAGCAUCAAAGUUUUUCAGUAUUUUUUUCAUAAAACAGACUUUCUGGCAGCAUUAUUUUGCAUUUAGUAAACACAUACAUUUUCAGCACUUCACUUCUGAAUAGGGGCUGCCGAGAGACAAUUAUCCGCCUUACUCUGACAUUUUUCUGCCUCCUAGAUCCUAACACCCACUCUUUUCGGCGCCUUCUUUAAAACACGCUGGGAGGCCGCGCAGACGGUCAUGCAAGCAGCGUUGGCGGACGAUCUGCAACCGGGUGGCUACUAUGAUAACUGUAUGCUGACAAAACCCAGUGCUGAAGCUCUAAACGAAACAAUUGUUGAAAUGUUCCAGAAAGAGUCAAAUAGAAUUUUAAACGAGGUCCUGAAGAAACGCUAG